UGCAGCUCCGCUCCGGAUCCUGGUUGGUUAGCGGCUCCUCCUGGAGCUCAGCGCCGCCCAGAGGCGUCGCCUCCCGGCUUAAUGUCCGCCGCUCAUUGGAGGAAGCUGCGUUCAAAAAGUCCGCCUCUCCGUCCCGCUCUGCUGGGAGCUUUUCUGGUUGGUCGCCAGCAUCGUCCCGCUCCUCUCCGCGGACAUAUAAAGCAGCUUUCAGCCGCUGCUGGUCACAUUUUCUUGAGUCUGCAGAAACAAGAAGCAACAAAAUGAGUGGCCGCGGAAAGACCGGAGGAAAAACCCGAGCGAAGGCCAAGACCCGCUCCUCUAGAGCCGGACUCCAGUUCCCGGUGGGCCGCGUUCACAGGCUGCUGCGCAAAGGCAACUAUGCGGAGCGGGUCGGUGCCGGAGCCCCCGUCUACCUGGCCGCUGUGCUCGAGUAUCUGACCGCUGAGAUCCUGGAGCUGGCUGGGAACGCCGCCCGCGACAACAAGAAGACCCGCAUCAUCCCCCGUCACCUGCAGCUGGCCGUCCGCAACGACGAGGAGCUCAACAAGCUGCUGGGUGGAGUCACCAUCGCUCAGGGUGGAGUGCUGCCCAACAUCCAGGCGGUGCUGCUGCCCAAGAAGACCGAGAAGGCCGCCAAGGCCAAGUAAACCUGCUGCUGCUGUUGUUGCUCAGCAACAAACACACAACGGCUCUUUUAAGAGCCACACACUCCUUCAUCAUGAGAGCUUUGCUUCCAACCAAAAACACUAAUAACUCUGUUCACAUUCUUCACUAUUUUAAUGUUUAAUUGUUGCUCAUUUGAUAAACUUGCUGAUCUUAGACCUGAAAUCAGAGACAUGUUUUAUGUCAAACUUUUAAAUCAUCAAAGCAAAAACUGUAGAUCAUCAUAAAAUAGUUUAAUCUGCUCAACAAAACUUGACCUCUAGUUGAACAUCAGCAGUUCUCUUAACUUCUAUUUCACUCUGUAAUAUAACAUGUUACACAUUUUCCUAAUUUAAACUUUCAGUCCUUUGCAAAAUGUUUUUAUAUUAAAUUUAAUCUAAUAACCAUUUAUAAGGAUUUGAUUUGAUUAGGACUUUAUUUUAUAGACCAACAGAAAGUUAAAUUAAUUGUUUUGCCCUUUUUUCUCCAAAACAUCUCAAUUCACUUCAGAGAAUGUCUGUAAAUAUAUUUCUCUAAACUUUUGCCACAGAUAGUUUGGAUUCAGUUCUGGGCUUUGACUGGGCCAUUCCAACAUAUUUAGUGAUUGUGUUAUACGGGCCUGAAUGUCUGGAAGUUUAACUCUGUGUUCCUGGCUGCCAAAAAAUACUCCAAGCAAAUCAGAGAAAAAGUUCUAGAGAACUAAAAGUCGGUGGAUUUAAUGAGCUGCUUUGUCUUCAUGUGUUGCUUUUAUUUUGCUUUUUCUUCACAAUUCAUAACAUCUUUGUUUUUCUUCUAAAUUCAUCCUGAAAUAAACCAAAGGACAAAAUGAACAAGAGCAACAUAGAAUGAACAGUCAAUGUGGUUGAUUAGAGAUUGAUCUUGUUCCACAUGUGAUUUAUUUCAUAUGCAUAAACUAUGAUGUUAUAUUCAAGUCAAUCUGAUAAAAUCCAUCUUGAUUGGAUUUGAUGCUAAAAGCAGAAGAACUUUCUGAAAUGGUUUUUGGCAACAAGAGCCUCAUUUGAUUAAAUCCUAGCAAAGAAAUAACUAUAAACAAUCAAAUUUUAUUUGUAUAU